AUGGCCAAACCUGAUGGGCCAGUUAGAGUAGGAGCCCCUGUUGCUCCUACCAGGAUUCAACUGUACAUAGGUUCUACACACUCCUAUGUAGCUAGUACUGUAUCUGAAACCCUAGGAAUUUCUGUUGAGAGCACUACUAGUAAGACUGAAUUGGGUGAGCAUCAGGUUUUGGGCCCUGAGUUGGUUUCUGAGACCGAAGAUAAGAUUCUAAAGCGUGUGGGACCGGUCGCUUAUCAGCUAGAGUUACCUCCGGAGUUAGACCAUAUCCAUGAUGUCUUUCAUGUUUCGAUGUUGAGGCAGUAUCAGCCGGAUCCAUUUCAUGUUAUUUCUGUUUCGAAAAUUCAGGUUAAGCCGGACUUGACUUUUAAAGAUGAGCCAGUUCAAAUUCUGGAUCGAGAUUUUAAGGUUUUGAGGAGGAAGUCCAUACUGUUAGUGAAGGUUCUGUGA